GCGUUGACAAGACGAAAUAUAUUCAACAGAGCAACAAUGCAUAAGCUAGUAUUCUGCUGUCUCAUUAUCAUCAGCUUCUCCUGUCCUCUCUUUUCUCUCCCCGUCAUCAACGCCAGCGAGAUGUCUUAUCAACUCCCAGCUGAUGAAGAUUCAAGGCUAAAUCUGGAGCAGCUGGGCAGCUCAGAAAGUACCUCCCUGCCUCAGUUUCUGCAGGAGCUCUUGGGCACACUGGUUGAAGACAAUAAAGCAGGUCUUACCUCCAGCAGCUACAAUCCAAGGAAAAAUAUCAAAGAGGCUUUCUAUGGAAAUCACCCACGAAUUGCUUUGCUGGGCCGCUUGCUGGUGAAGGACAGGAAGCAGUACAAGAAACGUGGCAACCUUUCUGAGUGCUUCUGGAAAUACUGUGUGUAAACAGAACAAACCUCCCCUGACUUUGGCUGCAUAAUUUAUAUAUAUGUCUGAAACCAUGUACAUAAACUUGCUUGAUUUGAAAUCAGAAUGAAGAAAUUUGAAGAUAGCUCCUAACUUUAGACUCUACUUGGAAAUUAAUAAAUUGUUGAUGUUUUGCAAA